GUAGCAGAAGAGCAGAACAGCAGAAGCCAUCAGUUUGGUUGUUUUGACUUGAGAUGUCAAAAUUGCAAAACGGCUGUCUUUUUCAUAUUAGGGCAAAUAUUAAGCAUGUUUCUUUAUUUAAAUAAUUUGUGUACCUUGUAUAUUCGUAAAAACAUCAACCAGCUUUAAAUUUACUGUGCUAUUGGCUGCAAUAAUAAACCGUGUAGUGCUGUGAUGUUAAACUGAGCGCAAUGGAGGAGUGCGUGGAAGGUAGUGGUGACGUGAGCGGGACCAAUGGCGGGGCAAUGUCUUCGCUGAAUUCGCUGUUCUCGUUCACGUCGCCGGCCGUGAAGAAGCUGUUGGGCUGGAAGCAGGGGGACGAGGAGGAGAAGUGGGCAGAGAAGGCGGUCGACUCCCUCGUCAAGAAGCUCAAGAAGCAGAAGGGCGCCAUUGAGGAUCUGGAGCGCGCGCUCAGCUGUCCCGGCCAGCCCAGCAAGUGUGUCACCAUUCCCAGGAGUCUCGACGGCCGGCUACAGGUUUCUCACAGAAAAGGUCUGCCGCAUGUGAUAUAUUGCCGAGUGUGGCGUUGGCCAGACUUGCAAUCUCAUCAUGAGCUCAAGCCACUUGAACACUGUCAGUAUCCGUUUUCUGCCAAGCAGAAAGAAGUUUGCAUCAAUCCAUACCAUUAUAAGCGAGUUGAAAGUCCAGUUUUACCGCCAGUGCUGGUUCCGCGACACAGCGAGUUCGCACCGGGCCACUCACUGUUGCCCUUUCAACAGCUGCCCGAGCCAGCCAUGCCCCACAAUGUGUCCUACUCGACCAGUGGGGGCUUCACCGGCCCCACCCAAGGCCCCCCCGGCCCCACCUCGCCGCUCAGCAGUGUGCCCAGUCCCACCACCAUCUCUAACCCACACAGUCCCUUCACUGCCAAUGGAUUGCCAGAAACACCACCACCCACUUACAGUCCGCCGGAUGAGAGCCAGCAGUCAGCCACGCCCUCACACCCAGAGACCACACCCAUGGAGACAACCACUACAGUCGAAGUUGCACCCGUCUCCUAUCAGAAUAUGGAGCCGCCCUACUGGGCGAGUAUAGCCUACUACGAGUUGAACUGUCGCGUUGGCGAGGUGUUCCACUGUCAGAACCACUCAGUGAUCGUCGACGGAUUCACCAAUCCAAGCAAUAACCAGAACCGCUUCUGUCUCGGCCAACUCUCCAAUGUCAAUCGCAAUUCCACCAUAGAAAACACAAGGCGGCACAUAGGAAAAGGCGUGCAUCUGUACUACGUGGGUGGAGAAGUGUAUGCCGAGUGCCUGUCAGACUCGGCAAUCUUCGUGCAGUCGAGGAACUGCAAUCACCACCACAGCUUCCACCUCAGCACCGUCUGCAAGAUUCCUGCCGGCUGUGCGCUCAAAAUAUUCAAUAAUCAAGAGUUUGCUCAGCUGCUGUCGCAAAGCGUCAACCAUGGCUUUGAGGCUGUCUACGAGUUGACAAAAAUGUGCACAAUAAGGAUGUCGUUUGUGAAAGGAUGGGGAGCAGAGUAUCACCGGCAAGACGUGACCAGCACUCCCUGCUGGAUAGAGAUCCAUCUGCACGGACCGCUGCAGUGGCUGGACAAGGUGCUCACCCAGAUGGGAUCGCCCCACAACCCCAUCUCAUCUGUGUCUUAAGGUAUGCCAAUUAUGGAAGUACCAAGUCAUAUGCAACUGUACUCGCCAAGAAUCUUUAGAGGUAAGACUUCUCCGAGUGAUACGCAAAUGGACUCACUAUCAGAUCUCAUCUGUUUCUUAAGGUGUGCCAUCCAUAAAUGUUAUGGUAAUCACAAAUCAAUCGUCGAUAAUAAUAUACAAGACUAUAAAGUGUACUCGCCAAGUAUCUUUAGGGGUCAGACUUCUCCGAAUGGAAAAUUGACCCAUAAUCAGAUCUCAUCUGUUUCUUAAGGUGUGCCUACCAUAACUGUUAUCUGUUAUGGUAAUCACAAAUUAGUCGUCGAUAAUAAUUGAAAUUUUGGCGUUGAGCGAGCCAAAACUAUAUUUACUAUGAACUCUCCUCAUAAUCAGUACAUUUAGAGAAAUGUGUUUAAUGGAAAAAAUGUAUAAUCAAUUUUGUUUUAAGUAAGUUUUAGAUCUCUUCAUAGGUUAUGUCAGUAAUAGCUAUUGUGAAAAUCACAAAUCAAUAUUGACGAGUCUAUUGAGGGAGAUUUUGGUGUUGAGUGAGCUGAAAUUACUAAAAAUAAGUGAUUUUAUUAACUAACUCACUAUUUGUAUUAUAGACCAUAUUCAAACGAUUUUCGAAGAAAUUCUUGGCCAAUCACGCUUUGGUUGCCAAUGAGAACGAUUCGAAUGCCUCAUGUUUGGCUAAUAAUUUUUUAAAAAAUCGUUUAUAAAUACGUCUCUAUUUUUUAGGUUUGGUAUUCACCAUGUAGCACUGACUUGAACUUAUUAAAUAGUAAAUUUACUAUUUAAAGAUAGCUAUUGCUAUCAUUCAUGAUCUCCAUUAUUGUAAUUGAAAGAUUACAAUACUUUCAGUGUUGUGUAUGUUUGGAGGUACCAAAAUGACUGUUUCAAAUUUCUCUUGUUUGGUUCCAACAAACUUGAUCAAUAAUUUCCAAUCCUGGAUCAGCCCAAUCUUAAGAUGGUACUGAUUCAAGAUGGUUGAUCCUAGUCAGUGGAACUCAACAUUUGUGAGGUUAAUCUUAUAAGUCCCAUAAUAUAUGCAUCAUCAGCGUUUGAAGAGCAUACAUGCUUUAAUGGUUAAAACUCAAAAUUAAACCAGAGAUUUGCUCAUACCAGCUUGAACUUUCAAGUGCAGUUUUGACUGGGUCUAGAGUAAACUUUAGAUUUUAAAGUUUAAAUAAUCUUUAAAGUGUGAAAAUGGACUUAAUUUUAGAAAAGUGAAAUCAUAACCCUAAUUCGGACUUUUAAAAUGUUAUCUAAAUCUGGGAGAGAAAUAGUACAAGGAAUAUCCUUAGUUUUUCUCUCCCAAACAGUGUUUCUUUGUAGAAUUUAUAAAUAAAUAAAUCAGAAUAAUGUAUUUACGAGUAAUGUAGAGUUGAGCAUAACCCAAAUUUUAUGAAAAAUAUAAAUUUGCAGUACACGAUUUCAGACUAUUCUGAAAUGAUAGU